CCGUCAUUAGUUCAGCACAACAACAGACGAAGAUUCGCAGAUUGCAAAAUUUAUCGUGAUAAUUUAUCAAUAUUUUCUAAUUUAUUUAAAAUAGUUUCUUUUCUAUGUAAGAAAACAAUUACUUUAAAAACUUAGUUUGAAUAAGUUUUAAUUUUGCUCAAAAAGGUAACCGAAUGCAAAGGCAAACACAAAGUUGUUAGAACUUAUUGUUAACGGAUAGAAUGAAAUGAUUACAUUUUGCCGACUUAAAAACAUAUUGUGAUUUAAAAAAUUGUCAAGAUAAGGUAAAACAGGAUGGAGUCAGCCUCCUCCCCAUCGUCAUCUUCGACAACGGCGACAAAAGAGGGUGGUAAAAAGUCUUUCAUGUGCGGUGUGGUUGAAGGAUUCUACGGUCGACCAUGGACUACGGAACAGAGAAAAGAUUUAUUCAUCAAGAUGCGAAAGUGGGGGAUGGAUUCGUACCUCUACGCCCCCAAGGACGACUACAAGCACCGUUUCUACUGGCGAGAACAGUACACUGUUGAAGAAGCCGAUCAUCUCGGUAGUCUCAUCUCCGCCGCUAAAGAUAACGACAUUACGUUCAUCUACGCCAUCUCUCCCGGGUUGGAUAUCGUCUACUCCAGUGCGAAGGAUAUAGCUGUGCUAAAACGGAAGCUGGAGCAGGUCACUCAACUGGGCUGUACCGCAUUCGCCAUCCUCUUUGACGACAUUGACAUUGAGAUGACGAAAGCGGACAAGGAAAUGUUCAAGUCCUUCGCGCACGCUCAAGUCUCCGUGACGAAUGAGGCAUUUCAACACGUAAAUCCGGAUACGUUCCUCUUUUGCCCAACACAAUAUUGUGCGACGAGGGCGGUGCCGAAUGUGGCAGGGUCUGAAUACUUAAACACAAUUGGGACCAAGUUGGACUUACAGAUUGAUAUUAUGUGGACGGGGCCGAAAGUUAUCUCGAAAGAUAUCACGUUGGAAUCGAUUGAUGAAAUUACGGAAGUUCUUCGACGUCCCCCCGUCAUCUGGGACAAUCUUCACGCAAACGACUAUGACCAAAAACGAUUAUUUUUGGGUCCUUACGCCGGUCGAUCUCCGCACCUCAUCCCACGACUGCGUGGCGUUUUGACAAAUCCUAACUGUGAAUAUGGCGCUAAUUUCGUUGCAAUUCAUACCCUUGCACAGUGGCGAUUUUGUACCGAAGAUGCAAGAAAGAAGAUGGAAUCACUCAAUUAUGAUGCCAAAUUGGAGACUGAAAAUGACGAAGCUUUAGAUCGGAGCUUAGUCCCGGAAAAAAUGGAUGCGAACGUGUAUCACCCCUACAACGCGUUAAAGGUGGCUAUCAAGGAAUGGCUCAAGGAGUUCAAUAAGGGUCGCAACGUUUGGGGUCCAAUCGUGAAACCACAAAUCGUUAGCGUACCAAUCCCCUUGAUACCGUCGAUGAAUACAUGCAUCGCAGUCACUCCGACGACAAUGUCAUCCCCGAUUCAGUCCACGUCGCAUCCCAGCCUCAUCCCUUCCCUUGUACCCAGCGUUCCUACCGUCAACUGUAGUGCUCUCGACCUCACCGCAAUGCUGGAAAAUCGAUCCGAGCAACUCAUCCCAUCUACUAGCACGACAAUGAUGAACAGUCUUGUGGCGGAUGACAAGAUCCUUCGUGCCGACUCUGGUGAAGCAGUCGCACCCGUCACGGUUGAUACGGAUCUUCACCCUCACACAGCUCCCUCCUCUGAAUCUGACAUGACUGAACUUCCUUUAAACAAGGACAGCAGUAAUAAAUCCUCUUCAUCCGACAUCGAGUUGGAAUCUAUACCUCCGGCGAACAGCCUGAUUAGUCAUGGGGGAUUGGAACCUAUGGAUACAGCCACACCACCAAUCCCAUCCUCCCCACGGGGAGAGGAGGACGCCGCAAGUUCGGAGAGGGAGGACGUCGCCAUGGCUGAAGGAUCGGAUCGGGCCAGUACGAUGUCCAGUCCUGACGAGGGAGUCGAAUCUGGGCCUACGUCAGUCUCAGUAAUGAAUUUGGAUACAGAACUAGAAUUGAAUUUCAUUUCCCCCACAUCCACGAAUCACACAAUGCAAGUCGAAAAUUCGCAUAGUCAUGCCACAAGUACGGUCAUCACUUCACCCUCCCUACCAGUCCCACUCCUCGUACCAUCGCACCUCGACGAGCUCACCGCCGAAGACCUCCACCUCCUCUGUGACCUCUUCUACCUCCCCUACGAACAUGGCACCCAAGGACUCCAAAUUAUGCAUGAAUUCCAAUGGUUAAAAACAAACUCGAAUGUCAUCGCGGGGGCGAUUGCGAAAGAAAAAAUGAAACCAGAAGGCGCCGAGUGGUACCAGAGAGCCGCCAAGUUUGACGACUUGAAUCGAAAGGUCAACACCUUGGCCACCAAAUUGAACGACAUCACGAAUCGGGAGCUCCUUUAUGAAAUAUAUCCAUACAUUUGGGACAUUCGUGGCGUCAUUUCACUUCUCAACUCCUACGUAAAGUGGUUAGCUCUGGGUCAGUUUCCUGGAAGCGUGUCAUCCUAUACUUUUGGAACGUAUACAUGGUUCUCCAAAGGGUGGCGAGAAGCAUUUAUGAGUGGCGACCAGGAACCUUGGGUCAUUCGGGGCGGGUUAACAGCAGAGUUGCAACGACUAAUUCCAGUCGAUCGUGGGACGGACUUAUUCAUGUACAAGGCUCCCGUCGUCCCCUCCUCACAAGUUUACACGAUCCGUCCUUACCGACCCAGUGAUGAGCCGGCCGUGUAUAAAGUUUGUCUCAUGACAUUCAAAGACGGCCUCAGUGCUGUGGAAGAAUUCUCGGACCAUCCCAAACUUGCGGGAGAUAUAAAAAUUGGGGGAUAUUUAACCCUCAAUCCUGACAUUAACUUUGUCGUUGAAGACGAAUCCGAAACUGUGGUCGGAUCAGCGGUCGCAGUCCUUGAUGCGAGAGACUUCCGAAGAAAGUUGGACAUGAGUUGGAUGGACGUGUUGAGAAAAAUGUACCCCGUUCCUACCUCGGGAGGAGAUGAGUCCCCCUUUGUGAAGGAUGUCCUGUCAUCCCUUCAAGUCUCGGAUAUGAAACAUGUUCCAGACGAUGUGAGAUCGAGCUACCCUUCGGAGCUGAGAUUCCACAUCGUGUCCCCGCUCGCAGACCCCAGCGUUCCCAAGAGACUGAUGACCUGUGUUCUCGCCGCGUUGAGGGCAAAUGGAGUGUUCGGGUGCUUUGUUGAAACCUCCUGUCACGAGAAGCAUAAUCGAGAAUUCUUUAGAAAGUUAGGAUUCGCCGAAAUAGAUGAAUCCUUCAUGGGCCGAGCGUUUUAACCGUGUCAACAACCAUAUAAUUUAAUUCAUGACAUCCUCCUCCUCCUCCAACCCAAGAGUUUAUAUAUAUUUUUAACGAUUUUUACUUUAUUUUGUAUUUUAUGUUUUGCAACUAAAAAACAAUAUUGUGAUUGAAACACUCAACUAUUGACUGGGUUGGAUUGGAUUAGAUAACAAAUUUAAAUUGAAACAUUAUGAAUUCCGCACUUUAAAAAAAAACAGAAAAUAAAUCGAGGUCUCUCCUCUCUUACUACACGUACG